AUGAGGACGGCCAGGCGAGCCAGCAACGUGGAGGUGCCCUCUUUUCUCCGGCAGCUGGUCAGAGAGACAGAGAAGAUGGUCACCUUCUUCUUCAAAGGGGGGGCCAGGGAAACCGGGCCUGGGGAGGAGGACGGUUUGGAUGAGGACGACUCAAUGCCGAGUCCGUACCUGGAGCGUCCCAUCUUGGAGAAAUACGUGUCAGAGGGGGGUUCUAAGUCGGAGGUGAACUAUGCCGUGGCGAGCAUGCAGGGCUGGAGGGCUCAGAUGGAGGAUGCCCACACCUGCAUGCCACAGCUGAGAGGAGAGCUGACAGAGUGGGGAUACUUUGCUGUUUUUGAUGGACAUGCAGGCACCACUGUGGCACAGUACUGCUCCAGAAACCUGCUGGAACACAUCUUGGCAACAGGUGGGAUUAAAGCAAGUGAGGACCCCGAGCAGGUGAAGGAGGGGAUCCGUGAAGGCUUCCUGGACAUUGAUCGCCACAUGCACAAACUGGCUCGUCAGGACAACUGGGACCGCAGCGGCUCCACUGCAGCAGCAGUCUUGAUCUCACCGCGCUACAUUUACUUCAUCAACUGCGGGGACUCUCGCACCCUGCUCUGCCAUAACGGCCAGGUGGUCUUCUACACGGAGGACCACAAGCCGUUUAACCCCAGAGAAAAGGAGCGCAUCCAGAACGCUGGCGGCUCGGUGACCCUACAGAGAGUCAACGGAUCGCUGGCCGUCUCCAGAGCACUGGGGGACUUUGACUUCAAGGAGGUAGACUGGAGGCCGCAGACAGAGCAGCUGGUGUCCCCGGAGCCAGAGGUGUACGAGCUGGAGAGGACGCCCGAAGACGAAUUCCUCAUCCUAGCAUGUGACGGUGUGUGGGACGCCAUUGGCAAUGAGGAACUGUGUGCCUUUGUGCGCAGCCGCCUGCAGGUGUGCGACGACCUGAGAGAUAUCUGCAGCCAGGUCAUUGACCUCUGCCUCUAUAAGGGCAGUCUGGAUAACAUCAGCAUCAUCAUUGUCUGCUUCCCUGGCGCCCCCCAGGUGUCACAGGAGGCACUGCAGCAGGAAGCAGAGCUGGAGCAACAGAUUGAUGUCAAAGUGGAAGAGAUCAUCCACUUGAUGAGGUCCAGAGAUGAGGACCCUGACCUUUUGUAUGUUAUCAAGUUCCUGGCUGCGGAGGAGAUGCCAGGCCUUCCUCCAGGAGGAGGCAUCACCAGCAAACGAGACUGCAUCAUCUCCGCAUAUCAGAAACACGUCACGGCUCUCCGAUCACAGGAGCCAAUGGUGAGACAGAUGAGUCACGUGACUUGAUUUGGAUGUCACUGGAUGACAACAACAGUGCCAACAAAAACAAUCUCCACUAUCUCACAAUAAUAUGCUUACUUUCACUGUUUUCUAGGGCUGCAACAAA